AUGCGUCGUUAGGAGUAAGAGGAGCGCAGGGACUGCGGUCAUAAACAAACACACGCAGUGAAGGAAACUGGUUAGUGUGUCGUAGAGCUGGAUAGUAGCGCUUUGGCAGUGCCUACUGGUUUUAGGGAAAGCUGACCUUCGCGAACCUAGGGUUCAGGUUGUUUUUUUUAAAUCCAGGACUUUCUCAGAAAACCGAGGAUUUUAUCCCUCCUUUCCCUCCUUGCUUCCUUCCCCGGGAGUCGGCUUAUGUGACACCUUAACGUCCCGGCGGCCAAACGAGCGAAACAUGACCGAGCUGAGGAAGCGAGGCGAAGGCGGAGGCGGGGGAGAUAUUGACAGCACCGACAAUAUCAGCGACAAGGAGGCCGAUGCCGACGACAGGCUGGGCCUGCAAGGCGAUGCAGAGGGAGAAUGUGAUGACUCCAAAGCAGCCACUCCAGAUGUUCCUCUCUCCACAGCAGAUGCAGACCACACUCCACAGUGCUUGAACAAAGCUCUGGAGGGGCUGCCGCCCAGAUGGAAGAAUUAUUGGAUACGAUGGGUUCUGUCUAUAGCCAUGAUUUCAGGCUUUGUCCCCAUCAUCUAUAUGGGACCUGUCACUCUUAUAUUAGUGGUCAUGAUUGUCCAAAUCAAGUGUUUCCAGGAAAUCAUCACCAUUGGAUACAGAGUUUACCAUUCCUAUGACCUACCUUGGUUCAGGACACUAAGCUGGUACUUUCUGAUUUGUGUCAACUACUUCUUCUAUGGUGAAACUCUAGCAGAUUACUUUGGGGCUCUGGUGCAGAGGGAGGAGCCUCUGCAGUUCUUGGCUCGCUAUCACCGCUUCAUCUCCUUCGCUCUGUACCUCGCAGGUUUCUGCAUGUUUGUGCUGAGUUUAGUGAAGAAACAUUACCGCCUGCAGUUUUAUAUGUUUGCUUGGACCCAUGUGACCCUGUUGAUUGUGGUAACUCAGUCCCACCUUGUCAUUCAGAACCUGUUUGAAGGAAUGAUCUGGUUCAUUGUCCCCAUCUCCAUUGUGAUCUGCAAUGACAUCAUGGCCUAUCUGUUUGGAUUCUUCUUUGGGAGGACUCCGCUGAUCAAGCUAUCACCCAAAAAGACCUGGGAGGGCUUCAUUGGAGGUUUCUUCUCCACUGUGGUCUUAAGCUUCCUCAUGGCCUACUUACUGUCUCAGUUCCAGUACUUUGUGUGUCCUGUGGGCUUCAACAGUGAGACCAAUGGAUUUACAGUUGAAUGUGAGCCUUCUGACAUCUUUGUGAUGCAGGAGUACACUCUGCCCACUGCUGUACAAAACACGCUGAGAUGGGAAACGGUGAACCUGUACCCCUUCCAGAUCCACAGCAUCUUCCUCUCAUCCUUCGCAUCUCUCAUUGGGCCGUUUGGUGGCUUCUUUGCCAGUGGCUUCAAGCGAGCCUUCAAAAUCAAAGACUUUGCCAGCACCAUCCCCGGCCACGGCGGCAUCAUGGAUCGAUUCGACUGUCAGUACCUGAUGGCCACCUUCACCCACGUUUACAUAGCCAGCUUCAUCAGGGGACCAAACCCCAGCAAAGUGCUACAGCAACUGUUGCUGCUUCAACCUGAACAGCAGCUCAGCAUCUUCCACACUCUGCACUUCCAUCUGAGGGAGAAGGGGAUGCUCCCAUCAUCUGCUGAGUGAAGGACUGCCGGCUUGACAAGGUGGUGACUGGAGAGAGUGUGUGAUGUUUGGAAAGUUUGUGUAAGCAUGCACACGCACAGACACAUUCUCUUAAGUAUGGCGUGUGAUCCCAGGCUGUUCUCAGCACGUCCAUUGUCAUCCUGCUGUCUCUUCGUUUGACUCCCGAUCAUCUAGAAAAUCAGGACCGUGAACCUGCGGUGACUCUCCACUCUGUGGAAUAACCUCAUAGUAAAAAAAAAACAACAAUGUGACCAAAAACAGAAAACAAAAAGUUGUGUUCUGCUUGGACGUCAAACCACACAUUGCACGAGCGAGCGAGCAAGCAGUCCGCUUCCUAUAGACUGAAGAAAAAAUGUUUCAAUGAACAAAACAGACUCUGGAUCCUACAGCCUUCUCAAACCAGGCAGAUGGAGGAUAUGUAGUUUCCCUGUGGACGGGAAACAUUACUAUAGCUGAACAAAUGGAUUUAAGAAGCUUUAACCAGCAUAAACCGGGCAUGUGGGCCUGAGUGACGGCAAACUGACUGCUGAGACUGCUCUCUCUGGGUUUGGGUGUGGGUGAAGCAGACAUAUUGUAGACACUGUUUUAUAGAUUACGGUCUAUUUAAUGAUUUUAAUCUCGCGCAUAACAAAACAUGUAGCAUGCACACACCUGGGCUACUGCUGAAUUAAUAGCUUUUAGGUUUCUGUGGAAAUCUCAACUCUCAUAACCACCUUCAAUAAGGACCGACUGUAGGUGUGUUAACCCAGAUACAUGAGCAUCAGUGACACACUCAAGUCCAUGUAUUGUAAAUAAAUACACUGAAGAUAUGUAGCUCAACAAAUAUUUAAUAUAAAACUACUUCUGUGACCUGCUGGGCAUAAACAAACACUUUAAGCUUUAGAAAUCAUAUGCAAAAAAAAAUGAGAUGCAUCUCAUUUGUAGACUUUAGCAUGACAUAGUUUGAUUUUAAACAGUAGGGAUGUAGAUCUAUGUUGCUGGCUAUUUAGAGGGUGGUCUGCAUUUAAAAAGAAUUUUAAGGGAUAGUUUAACAUUUGGGAAGGAUGCUUACUUUUUUUGUCAAGACAUAGAUGUUGAUUGAUUCCUGUCAUCUCUGUGCUUCAGGUAUAGAGCUAGAGACAGGAGUUGCUUAGCUUAGCAUAGAGACUGGAAGCAGGGAGGAUCAGUUAGCCUUCGUCUUACUUCUGAAACUCGCCGCUCCAUGCAUUGUUGGCAAAAAAAUCAGGCGCAGUAACUACCUGUAUAGUCUUGUCAUAGUAAUUUCACUUUUAGAACACAUUAGAUUAUACACAAAAUAAAAUGCAGCAUGUAAUUCUCUAAAGCGCCUUCUUUUGCCAUGCUUGAUAUGAAAAAGUAGAAUUACAUAGGUUCAUUCUACAAAAGCAACUUUUCCUUCAUUCAAGUAAAACUGUUGCUGUUCAUAACUUCUGCCUCCAGUCGGUACCGUACACCUAUUAGCUGUGCACAAGUUUAAUUUAGUUCUGCUUGUAAGUAGUUACAUCAUGUAACCUUUAAAACCACAGUCAUUUGUUGAAUCUGCCUUUGUACAGAUUCAACAAAUGAGAUGGCUGUUAAUUUGUGAGCUGUGAUGAGAGCCAGGCCAGCUGCUUCCAGUCCAAGCUCUAGAUCCAUACUAGACCCUGACCCAGGGGAAAAAAAUCUAAUCAACAUGUUUCGCAAAUUGGUUAACCCUUCCUUUAAAAAAAGGCUUUCUUUAGUGAUUUAACAAAUGAUUUUAGUUUGGGGGGGGUGGGUGGACCCAUUGAUCUGUCUGAAGGGUCCCUCUGCUUUGACUCAAUGCAGUGUUUCCCAUACGCUGAUUUAUGUGGUGGGCCACCAGAAUAUCAACACUGAUGCCACAUAUUGAUUUAAAGUAGGUUAAAUCUUUUAUCAAUGUUGUGCUGUACGUAGCGCAUAUUUGCUCACCCCCUCCAUGCCCCGCUCUGUUUCUCUGUCACACAAACACAUGACAAUCAUGAGUACAGACCGUCUGUGAACAGCUCCUCCUCCUGUGUUUGUUUUAGUAACGCUGUAAAUCACGGAGAUCCAACUCAACUAAUGUGUUAUUGGCAAGCUAAGCUAACAUUGGCAUACAGCUGUUGCCAAGGUCGGCACACUGGAUCUGCAAGUGAAUAAAGUUCAUGCUAGUUCAGAAACUCUGAAUGUUUGCCUCUUCAGUCCAGGGGAAUACCAGAAGGGACAGGGCAGAUGAACAGCACUACUGUAGUACUGUAUUUAAUUUAAAAAAAAAAAAUUCUCCCUCUAUAUAUAUGUAUAUAAUUCAUGAAAGCCUGACACCCCCGAGCUACCACCACAAUUAGAAUGUAAUUCUGUGGGAAACACUGCAGUGUUUAAAAUGUUAAACAAAUCAUAGUAUUUGUCUUCUUAUGCAUUAAAUCACUAAUAAUCUGAUACUGUUUUAUUAGCAGUAUUUUAGUUUUAUGCAAGUUGUAGUUGGGUCUCUCAAAAUAUGCAUUGGAUACUUGAUUUCAACAGGAAAUCCGUAGCCUGUCUCAGAAAUCACACGGUCACGAGGCUGCGUUAGCGAUGCGACCCUGGGCCUGAAUCCAGAGCUUUUCAGAGAGAAAUGUUUAUUAAAGCACUGUCUGAUUCUGAUUUCCUUGUUAUUGAAAAAGCUCAGGGCCCAGGUCUGAGCAGCCGUCUCCUCCCUUUUGUGAAAUCCUCUCCUUGUUCUGAAAAAUGAAUAAAAACAAGAGCGGAGAGUUUGGAUAUGGGCUACAGCCUCCAGUACGAACAUUUGCAGCUGUGGCUUUUUCAAUGUUUUCCAUUUUACUGUUUUCUUCCUUCAGCUGAUGGAUGAUGAGGAUUUAAGUUAUUUGUCUAGUUUGUUUCUUUAGAAGUUGCAUUUUAGUGAGUUUUCUCUCAUCUGAGGUGAAAGGGGGUGCUGAGUGAACGCUGGGGACCAGCUAUAUUGUACUGUAUCAGUCUAUAACCAAACCAUUUUCCUGGCAAAACACGCACUACUGCAUUACAGGCUUUUCUGUAGCCAACGCCACUGUCCAACUUGUACACUCAACCAGACCACAUGUGGACAGUGUUCACACUAAGACAGUCUGACCAAAAAACAGGUGGCAAAAAUCAAUACAAACAGCAGAUGGUCAAAUUAUUUAGACUUUUGAAGCUGUUUUUAAUGAGUCUGGACUGUGCCAGUGGAAUAAUGAAAUGCUGUUGCUGGUGAACCAGUCAGUCAAGUAAUCAAAACACAAAAAAAACAUCUUGAUGAUGUAGAACAUAAAAAUUGUGAAAUUACCAUUUGUGCCAUUUAGGAAUGCUUUAAAUUAAUAAUGAAUGAAGGAAUUUUAAAAUGGAUUUUUAAAAUACUCCUUAAACAGUAAGAAACAAUAGAAACAUUUUAGAUAUUUUGCUAAUCUGCUUAAAUUAAUUGAUAGUAAUGAAGCUGUACUAUUGAGUGACAAAUUUAAUAAUUCCAUUAGCUUACCAUCAAUCAUGUAAAUGUAAUAAUGUUGGUUAUUGUAAUCGAGUGUACGACUCCACUGGUGUGCUCGAGACUCCAUAGUGUUACAGUUGUGUGAGUUAGAGCUGUGUUGUUGUGGGCUAACUUAUUUUUAUUCAAGUUAUGAAGAUGAAACUUGUGGUACACAAAGGUAGGAAAGCGACAGUUAGCAUUAGUCACCCAAAUGUCAGCCAGUGAUGCACUGCAGACUUUUGGUUGCUUGUCUUUAUAAUUUAUCAUUUGUGAAUAUUUUAUUUGACUUUCUUUCAGCAGAAAUGUUUUCUAAUGAGAAUCUCAAGCAUUUGGAGUGGAUAAGAUUAAAAAUUCAGUGAAGUAUGCUGUUAAUAAAGGGGCAAUGCAAAGUAUAACUUCUCUUGUUAGGGAUGUUCUGAAGCAGUUUACUGUAUGGAGGUAAAUAAAGUUUUUUUUUCUUUAAAAU